AAGAAGUUCAAACACGCUAAUAAAGAGUGGAUACCAUUCACUAGCAUGGCUCAGCUUACCCCGAACAUGCCAUACAAGAUUCUCAACUUGGUGGAAUCCAAUCACCCUGAAUACGGCAAAGGGCAGCAAGCGACAAUUGUGACUUCCAAAGGCCAAAAAUGCCGUACUCAGUUGCCGGGAAAGUAUCUGCGGGAGAUUAGCCCAGAAGAUGUGAAACAGAUAAAAUCUGAUGUGAUGAAUGGAAAAGAUAUUUACCCAGUUUUUCGUGAGAAAACGGUCGAUGGCAGCUUUCGCAUUGACCUUACAGAAGCUAGUGCAGCCUGCAUCGAGAAUGUCUCAAGACACAAGGAAGUGCCUGAAUUAGAAGAUCCCGAUAAUUCAAUUGAAGUUGAAGAACCCCAACUUGAGAAUCCCAAGGAAUCUGAUGGAAAUGAAGAUGUCAAGUCCAGGGAAUCCGAAGAUGCAAACCAGAAGCCCAACGGAUUCGCACUCAAGCUGGAGAAAGGAUUGAAUAAUUCUUAGGUGUUGUCAUAUGAUGCAGCCCUGUAUUAAGUUCAUUUUAUGUAUGCAUGCUAAAAUCCAAAGCUCAUCAUUGCAAAACUGAAGUAAAAAGACAGCAUCAAGAAUCACUUUUAACUUUGAUAUUUUGUAUGGCUUGACGGGGUGAUUUAAAGUGUCAAAAGGUGCUAUAUUUUUCUGUUCUGUUUUUCUGUGCUUCAGUUCGCAAAGCUGUGAAAUUUGAUCUCUCUUAAUAUUGUACCUGAUAGUUUCUUAUUAAAGACUGAAAUUUCUUAAAUUUUGGUAUGUUGUGUUCAU